AUGGAUAAAAGUUGGAUAAAUCAACAUAGGUUGCACCCGGAAUACAUACAAGGGGUUAAGGAAUUUAUUAAAUUUGCAUGCGAAAAUAAGCCGUUGUUGAAUGAAGUCACAUGCCCAUGUAAACGGUGUCGUAAUGUCAAAUUGGUGGAGAAAGGCCUGUUAGGGGAACAUUUAAUGAUCAACGGGUUUCUUCCAAGUUACACCAGUUGGAUUUUUCAUGGGGAGAAUUUGUCAUCACCUGUGCCACACAAUGUGAAUGUCGGGCAAACUGAUUCGAAUGAUGGUGAUGAAACUUAUGAAAUGCUAUACGAAGGAUUUGGACUUCCUCCACCAAGCUUUAUUCACGAGGCAGCAAGUUCUGGCAUUAAACAAGGUCCAGAUGAGAAAACCGAAAAAUUCUUCAAUUUAUUGAAAGAGGCCAAAAGAGAGUUGUAUCCUGAGUGUCAGAAGUUUUCAACGCUCUCAUUUAUUGUUCGGUUAUUCCACAUCAAGUGCCUUAGUGGAUGGAGUGACAAGUCUUUCACGAUGUUGCUUGAGCUUUUGAAGGAUUCGUUCCCAAAGGGUGAAACUUUGCCAAAGUCAUUUUAUGCAACUACGAAACUUCUUAGGGACUUGGGCCUCGAUUAUCAUAAGGUACAUGCAUGCCCAAGGGAUUGUUCACUAUAUUGGAAGGAAACAGCUGGUAUGGAUGAUUGCAUAGUGUGUCAUAUGCCUAGAUACAAACAGUUUGAGGGGGAGAAGAAUGAUGUUAAGAAGAAGCAACAAAGAAUUCCACAGAAGAUUGUUAGAUACUUUCCAUUGAUUCCAAGGCUUCAAAGAUUGUUUAUGUCAUCCAAAACAUAUUCUUUAAUAAGAUGGUAUGCAGAGGGCCGAAUUAAUGAAGGCAAAAUGAGACAUCCUGCUGACUCUCCAGUUUGGAAAAAUGUUGAUAAUUUGUAUCCCAAGUUUGCGAGUGAGCCUCGCAAUGUCAGACUGGGUUUAGCAGCGGAUGGAUUCAAUCCAUUCAAGGCAAUGAAUGUCUCUCAUAGCAGUUGGCCAGUUAUUAUAAUGCCAUACAAUUUGCCACCAUGGUUGUGCAUGAAGCAACCUGAUAUGAUGAUGACAUUGCUCAUCGAUGGUCCUUCUUCACCUGGAAAUAAUAUUGACGUCUAUUUACGCCUUGUAGUGGAUGAAUUGAAAGAACUGUGGGAAAACGGUGUUGACACGUAUGAUGCGGAAACUAAUCAGAUGUUCCGAAUGCAUGCUGUGUUAUUGUGGACUAUAAAUGAUUUUCCUGCCUAUGCAAUUUUGUCUGGAUGGAGCACGAAAGGUGCUUUAGCUUGUCCUUGUUGUAACACACAUACUCGUUCUCGAUAUUUGAAGAACGGAAGGAAAUUAUGUUACAUGGGGCAUCGUCGCUGGUUGAAUGAGGGUCACAAAUUUCGGAAAGCUAGUGCAUCUUUUGAUGGCACUCAUGAAUUCGAACCAUGUCCAACUCGGUUAUCAGGGGCUAAUGUGCUACAACAGCUAGGCCCUAAGUUCAAAUUGAAUUCUAAGCGUCAACAAUCUAGCAAACGGAAUAGAAAGGGGAAAGAAAAGGAGGAAAAUGAGGGCUCGGGUCAUAAUUGGAAGAAGAAGAGUAUUUUCUUUGAGCUAUCAUAUUGGGAGCAUAAUUUGAUUCGCCACAAUCUUGAUGUGAUGCACAUUGAAAAGAACUUGGAAGGACAAUUUAAAUACUCGUCGAGAUUUGCAAGAUAUGGGAAUUCGGAAGGCACUACAUCCUCAGUAUAG